AACAACACUACGAACGGUAAAGACAGGAGUAAAUAUAACAACAUCCAGGUCCCCCUAUCCCUCGAUGGGCCACCGCACAUGUCCAUGCUAUUGCUCGUAUACCCCCCCUUCCCCCGCUAUAACUCCUGUGCUAAGAAGGAAAGACAAACCUCCACUGUCCAUAACCUCUAGACACCCAAUACGUUCAGCAUCUGACUUUCCGGCUUUUCCGCUUUCCUUCCUGUGGAUGCGUUGAUCCAAAACUUCCGCGCAUUCCUGCAGCAAAAGUGCUUCACCGAAGGCCAAAAGAUGUCCGAAGCCGAAGUGCGUUCCCAGAAAGUAUCCGAACAACAAUCGUGAGAGCAUGCCUAGCAGCACCUCGCGAUUUCCAGCACGGCCCUACAGAUAUUUUGCCUGCGAAAUUUCCGGGGGAUCGCAUGAACGCUGCGGGGCGCACUGUAUCCCUCCGGAAAACCCGAAUUCCCGUAAUACCGCUAGGAAGAGGGAUCCGGAAGAUGCGUACUGGUGGAGACAGCUUCCGCUAUACAGCCGCACCUGUAAAGUCGUUGUACCCUCCCAUAGAACCCCGGCUAUUGAGAGCACUCCGCUAACCCUUUCUUUCUUAUUAGACGGUACAACAAAUGGCGAUGAAAUUUGACAAUAUCCCUAGCGGCAUACCCGGAAACAACCAUCCAAAAGGCUCCUGCCAUUCUCUUGUUAAUAAGUAGCGGUAUAAUCCUUAAGGUACAAGUAAGAGUAUGGGGGGGCUGCGACUGCAUAACCACCAUCCCUCCUGCCUUUGCCGGAAAGGACGCGAGCAAAAAUUGUUGCCCAAUCACUGCCUCUUAUAACCUACCCGUAUCCGGGAGCCAAUUUGAGCUUCAUGAUUCCACAUCCUACAGUCCUGCCUCCGGUUUCUGCGUCACCCUGUUGGGUAUAAGGUCCUGUAUUUCUUAGUCAUAAGAUCGAAAGAAAGAGUUAGUUCCAUUAGUAUGGCUGGUCAAGCAAUUCGGGUCAUCAGGUAUCACUCAGUGACUGGUCGGGUUUGGAUCGCGUUUGCAUAGGGUACUAUACUAGAUAAUGAGAUACGAUAUCCAGAAUGGAAAACACUUCUGACUCC